AUGACAGUUACUACAGAGUUAAGUAGUUGGGACUGUAGUGAGUGUAGUCGUACUUUAAAUCAUGGAGAGUUUCGUUUCACUUGUACUGUUUGUGACGAUUAUGAUCUCUGUGAAACAUGUGUAGGAACAUUAAAUCCACCACAUCCUCACAAAUUAAUACGUGAAUUAGCGUACCGCCAUGAAGACAUAAUAAUAGCAUACACAAGUGCAACGAUGGCAAGUAAUAUUGAAAUUGCUACAGAUAUGUAUCGUGAUCGUUAUUGCUUGGGUGUACGAGAUGUUGACGAAACGAAUCCUUCUCUAUAUGCAGACACAUAUUCUUGGUUUACAUAUGAAACAAUAGGUACUCGAUCUAAAAAUUUUGGAAAUGGAUUACGAAAUAUAAUUCAAUCACGUGAUUAUCUUGGUAUUUGUGCAAAAAAUCGUCCUGAAUGGGUAAUAACUGAUUUUGCGUGUAUCUUUCAAAGUAUUAUUAGUGUACCAAUUUAUACUUUAUUCAAUGAUCGUGAACUUACCCAUGUUAUCAAUAAUACAAAAUUAUCAGCACUUGUUUGUGAUAAAACAGUGCUACUAAGAUUAAUUAGACUAUAUGCUGAAUGUCCAUCACUUCGCCAUAUCAUAUGUAUGGAUCCUAUUCCAGAGACCAUAUUAGGUAUGGAAAAGAAUGAAUUAUGUAUACAUUAUAUGAAUGAUAUUGAAACAUGUGGCUCUAAUCAACGUUACGAUUUUGUUAAUAUAGCACCUAAUGAAUGUUUUACAAUUAUAUAUACAAGUGGUAGCUCAGGAAUACCUAAAGGCGCUAUGAUAUCUGAAAGAACUUUUCGAGCAGAAUUCUCAGAAUGGUGUGUUCCAUAUCCUUACGACUUCAUUAAUUUUUCUUACGAACCUUUAGCAUGGGCGAGUGAUCGUGAUUCUCUUAUUAGAACAUUUCUUCUUGGAGGACGUACUGGAUUCUCAACUGGAGAUGUGUCUCUUUUGAUGGAAGAAUUAGCAUUAGUACGACCCAACAGUUUUCUUGGAACACCUGCCAUAUGGAAUAAAAUAUAUGCUGAAUUUAAGGCAGCUUUGUCAUUAACAACAGUUCAUCUUCCACCAGAAGCAAUAGAAGCAGAAGAAUAUCGACUCCUUCAACAUUUUUCUAAACUUAUUCCAAUGAGAUGCAAGUUUAUCACUAUCGGUGGCGCCAAAAUUAGUCCAAUCGUACUUGACUUUGUGAAAGGAUGUUUUGCACGGUGUAAGAUCCGUGAAUCUUAUGGAAUAACCGAAUGUGGCGGCAUAACAAGUAAUAAUGUUCUUGAUGAUACGUUACAAUUUCGUCUCAUAAGUGUUCCAGAAAUGGGUUAUACAAUUGAUGAUGAACCAUAUUCUCGAGGAGAGCUUUUGAUAAAAACUGAACAUAUGUUUUCUGGAUAUCUUAAUAAUCCAGAAGAAACACAAGCAGCUUUCACAGAAGAUGGAUUCUUUCAUACUGGUGAUAUUGUUGAAUUACGUUCUGGUUCAAAAAGACAAAUCUAUGUAGAUAUUAUUGAUCGUAAAAAGAAUUUCUUUAAACUUUCACAAGGACAAUACGUUUCACCAGAAUUUCUUCAAAAUAUCUAUAUUCAAAGUCCUUUUGUAGAACAAAUCUAUAUUCAUGGAGAUCUCGUAGCAGAUUCUGUCGGGUGUGUUGUAGUACCUAAUCGAGAAUUUACACAAGCAUUUGUACUCAAACAUAAUUUAGAAAAUUUUGAUAUGAAUAAUCCAGAUCAAAAAUUUUAUGAAGCGGUUCUACAAAAUCUUCGUCUAAUAGCUAAAAAAGAAUCACUUCGACAACAUGAAAUACCAUCACGAUUAGUUAUUGAUUUUGAACCAUUUACAGCUGAAAAUGGUUUACUUACAUGUACAAUGAAACCAUGUCGUUAUAAACUAGCUGCAUAUUAUGGUGAUCGACUUAAACAAUCGAUGAGUAUUAAACAACGACUAAAAUUUAUUAUUGAAACGACAACAGAGCAAUCAUUAUCUAUGGAUGACGAAAACAAUAGUUUUAUUCCUACAGGUGGUGAUUCAUUGACAACUGUACGUUUAUCUCGUAAGAUUGAGAAUGAUUUGGGAAUAUCUAUUCCAAUAAAUAUACUUCUAAAAUCGAAUAUGACACUUGAACAACUAGCAGAUAUGAUUGAAGAUCCAUCAAAAAUAUCUUCCAUGUCUCAUUCUAUUGUACCACAACUACUAAAUGAUUCUCAGGUUAAUUUGGAUAUAAAAGUAGGUGAAUAUAAAAACACAGCCGUCUCUCGUUCAAUGGUUUUUGUUACUGGAACUACAGGAUUUGUAGGUGCUUUUCUAUUAGCCGAGUUAUUAUCGACUUAUCGAAUAGAAUGUAAAUUUGUGUGUCUUGUACGAUGUACAUCUUCAACAAAUGCUUUAGAUCGUAUACGACAGACUAUGCUUUUCUAUAAGAUAUGGAAAGAAGAUUUUCAAGAACGAAUUCUUCCGUUACAAGGUGAUUUAGCAACAAAAUGUUUUGGAUUAGAUGAUAAAACAUAUGAGUCACUUGCGAAUCAAAUCGAUAUCAUUUUUCAUUGUGGUGCUGAGGUAAAUUUUAUCCUACCAUAUGGCAAACUUUAUGAUUCAAAUGUUGGCGGAACUCGAGAGAUUAUUCAAUUAGCAACAUAUAAAUCAAUCUGCAUACCAAUACAUUAUAUUUCAACGAUUAGUGUUCUAUCUGGCGGUGUUUAUAAAGAAGUAUCGAUCGAUGAAAUCUCUCCAACUAAUUUAGACAAUGGUUAUGCUCAAAGUAAAUGGGUAGCAGAAAAGCUAAUGACCAGAGCGAGUCGUUUAGGUUUACCGGUAACCAUUUAUCGUCUUGGUUCAAUAUGUGCUAGUAGAGAAACAGGCGCCUGUAAUCAAAAUGAUCUCCAUACAUUGCUAAUUUCUACAAUAAUGAAAACAAAUUGCUAUCCUAAGACAAUAACUAAUGCUUAUUUACAAGGAUUACCAGUCGAUUUUACUGUCAGAAGUAUCGUUUAUUUGAGUACUAUGCAACCUGAUGUUUAUGGAAAAAUCUAUCAUGUUUUAAAUCCGAAUAACAGUAUAUUAUUUGCAGAUAUUAUUAAUUGUAUGUGUCGCUGUGCUAUUCCAUUGGAGAGUGUUUCUCUUGAGAAAUGGCAUAAUAAAUUAAUGACAUUGAAUGAUCGUGAUACUCUAAUCGGGUCUAUAGGAGAAUUCUUACAUGAAAAUUUGUUCGAAGAAACAAAUAGAAUAUCUGCUGAACAGUAUUGUACUUCUAUUUCUUCAUGGAAUCUACCAUCUUUCAACCAUAUGUAUUUAAUGAAAUGGUUAUCUUUUAUAUCAGAUAAUAUUGUUCAUCAAAAAUGUACUAAUAAUAAUAUAUAA